AUGUCAGUGACUAUGUCCAAGGCUGAUGGGGUCACUGUACUUACUCUGACCUCUGACCCCCAAAGUCCUUGGCCUCCUCUGUGCCAGAUCUUCAAGAACCUUUGCUACAGUCCAGUGUGCUGCAGUGUUUCUCAGCACCUGAGAAGCCUCAACAGAGCUUCUCAGACAGUGCUGGGGACUCUGCAGAUAAUGAUCGGGCUUCUCAACAUUGGACUUGGACUUAUACUCUAUUACACUCGGACCUCCUUUUACUUAAACUACUUAGGCUUUCCAUUUUGGUUGGGUGCAUUGUUCAUCAUGUUCGGCAUUGUGUGCAUUUUGUCUGAGAAGUAUCCAAGUCCAUGUUUGGUCGUCCUUACUGUGAUUCUGAAUCUGACUGGAGUUGCUUUUGCCAUCACAGGCAUUGCACUGUACGGCAUUUAUAUAGGACACAUUGAUUAUUGGUGGAACUAUGAUUGCUAUGGCUACAAUGGCUACUAUGGCUACAAUGAUUACCGGUAUGGGAGGAAAACAAUAAGUCCUCCAUAUUUAAAGGAAAAACUCCUUCAGGAGAAAUGCUUGGAGGGCCAAGCAGUGCUGGAGAUGCUCCUGGGAAGCAUCAGUGCUCUGAUGAUCACCUUGUCUGUUCUGGAGCUCUGUGUUGUGAUAAGCUCUGCUGUCCUGGGAAUCAAGGCUCUGAGGAGCAAAGAAAAAGGACAAAACAAGAGCACUGACGACCCAGAGCUCUACAAACCGAUGCUGGAGGAAGUCAAAGCACAGCCUGUGGCAUUAACAGCCUGACUCUGUUUACAAAAUGUCAGCGA